CAGUAGGGUAUAAUGAUUUAAACCAGUUUAUGAGCGCUCAAACUCAAAUUUUUCCUAACAUGGACAAAAAGUGCAGAGAAAUGUUAAAUGUAUGACAAUGUGGUUUUGACCAAUGCGUUAUUGACCAUUUAUAAACCUGUGCCACGCAAUGUUUGGAUUCCUAACUUAAAGAUCAUACAUAAAAACCUUUCCAGGAGGACCUCAAUUUUCAGAAAAUCAGCGAAAGCGAAACCACGCACAUUCCAAAACCUAUUUCGAAACUGGACUUUGAAAAGAGAAGUAAUGGCGUCGAAGUAUUUGCUGGUGGCUAGUAUCGACUUCGGGACAACUUUUUCGGGCUGGGCUUUCUCAUUUAAGCACGAGUUUGAGCGCGAUCCUCUCAAAGUCUUCGCUAAACAGUGGACGGGGGAACAUGUGUCACUUAAAGCGCCCACAUGUGCGUUGAUUCGCCCUGAUGGCCGGAGUAUGGAAGCUUUCGGCUACGAAGCGGAAAACCGGUACGCUGAACUGGCUAUUGAGAAUUGUCACCACUCUUGGUUUUACUUCAAACGUUUUAAGAUGCUGCUGUUUGAUAAAAUGGAACUUCACAGGGACACGGUUAUCGAAGACGCGCUUGGUAAAAAACUUACCGCAAAGACCGUUUUCUCGCUAUGUAUACGCUUUCUUAGAGAGGAUGCCAUGAAGACGAUGAACCAGCGCUUCACUGGAGCUGAGCUCAAAGACGAAGAAGUAUUGUGGGUUCUCACAGUACCGGCUAUUUGGAAUGACCCUUCAAAGCAGUUUAUGAGGGAAGCGGCCGAAGAGGCUGGCAUCAACGGAAGUGAUUUAUUGAUUGCCCUCGAGCCAGAGUCUGCGUCUCUAUAUUGUCGCCACCUACCGGCAGAAAUGUGUCGUGGAACAAGUGUCUCUGUCUCUACUUUCAAACCCGGGACAAAAUACAUGGUUCUCGAUGCCGGAGGCGGAACUGUUGAUAUUACGGUCCAUGAGGUUCUUGCUAAUGGCGGUUUGCGGGAGCUCCACAAAGCUAGUGGGGGCGCCUGGGGUGGAACAAAGGUCGAUGAAGCCUACGAAAAAUUCUUGGACGAAGUUACUGGAGGCAAGGGUGUCCUUAAACAAUUUAAAGAAAAGCACAUGGAAAACUAUGUCGAUCUGAUCCGAGACUUCGAGAUAAAGAAAAGAGACAUAUCCACGACAGGAAAGUCAAACUUCAGGUUGCCUUCAACGUUAACUGAGUUGAUAAAAGAGAUUACAGGAAAAACUAUCAAAGAAACGAUUCUUCAGUCAGUCUACAAGGAAUCAGUCUCUUUCAUCGGCGACAAGCUAAGGGUAGAAGCCAAAAUUGCGAUGAAGUUUUUCGAUAUUCCGAUCGACAGUAUCAUUGCUCACGUGUCUUCUCUGAUCCAAAAGCCUACUGUUUCCGGUUGCAGUGUAAUUGUAAUGGUAGGUGGUUUCUCCGAGAGCACACUUCUCCAGGAUAGAAUUCGAUCGAAGUUUUCGACCAUGGAUGUAAUUACGCCAAACGAAGCGGGAACAGUCGUUCUUAAAGGCGCCGUCAUAUUUGGUCACAAUCCUGGCGCCAUUGCACAGCGGGUUCUCAAAAUCACGUAUGGCCAAGAAAUAACGCACGCCUUUAAAGAGGAAUGUCUUCGCGAGCAUCCUGAAGCAGACCGAGAGCGAGAUGACAAUGGUGAAAUGCGAUGCUUUAACAUCAUUGAUAUACAUGCGCGGGCUGGACAAGCAGUCACUGAUGGCCAGGAGCAGCCUGAACAGGUCUAUACACCGCUAUAUGACGACCAAGCCGAACUGGAAUGUUCGAUUCUUACAAGUGAAAUCGAUAACCCAAAAUAUGUCACGGAUUGCCACGAAAUCGGCAAGUGGUGUUUCCCAAUCCCAGACACAUCGCUCGGUCGAAGCAGGGAAUUUGGAGUUACCUUUAUGUUUGGAGGAACAGAAGUAGUUGUGAAAGUUGUCGACAAAGUUUCCAAGGUGGAGAAGAAAAUCCAUCUAGACUGUUUGUAAGGAGAUGAACAUGAAUAUCGUGACAAUCAAGAGGUAAUGAAUCCGAUCGUAUUGGUGAAUUUUAUGGAGAAAAUAAAUAAAAUCAUAUUCAAAUGGAACAUUUGCAAUACAGAAAAAAAACAUUCUCACGUAGUUCACAAAAAAGCUCAUUUUGCAUUGUUGCCUCAGUUAUAUAAACAAUUAGGUUGGUCAUUAUAUGAGAUCACAGGGGGAUUCAUAAAAAUGGCAACCAGGGACGGGGCUUGUUUUUACUAUGGAAAACAUUGACCCGAUUUCAUAAAAUUUUUACAGAAAUGUUACUUGGGGGACCCUUUUAGCAAUUAAUUUAUGUUUUCUUCUACUGAUUCAUUUUAUUUUAUCAUUAUUUUAUUGUUUUUCAAUCAUUGAACACGCUCUUUUGUAACAAGGUAUAUAAAUCGAACAAAAAUAUUUUGAGAGUUUUUGUUUUUAUAUGGGCGAGCGUUUGGGCGGGCGGAGUCCAGUAUCCAUUUAUCUCAGUAAGCGGGCUACCGUAUACAUAUACAUGUACAGUGUGUUUUCUGUACACGAAUUUCGUCGAAAUCACGUCAAGCGAAUGCCAACGCUCGUUUGUUUCUCUUAUUUUGCCCGACAAUUAAUGUCAGCUCGAGUUACGUGCCCUGUUUGCCAUUGGUAACAUCUCUACAUAGUUCCAUUGUCUGUAUUAAAGUAUCCGAUGUAUAAUAGGUCAACAAUUGAUGCUUGGUGUUGUUUUCUUGUUAUACGAGUUAAGUCAUUGCGAAAUUUCACUUUGAAAUUGAAUUUGAACUGCUCGGCGAUACUCGAAUACACUUUCCUCGUGCUUUCGUACAUGACAACGUAGUGCACAAAAGUGUCGGAAACGAACAUGUUCCCUGACAACGUAGUGCAGAAAAUGUACCCCAAACGUACACGUUCUUUGACAACGUAAUGCACAAAAAGGUUUGCAAACUUACACGUUCCCUUAUAACGUAGAGCUCAAAAUGUUCCCCACACGUUAACUAACGUUCCUUGACAACGAUUUCCUGUUUACGUUGUGCACAAAAUGGUCCCCACACGUACACGUUCCCUGGUUACGUAGUGCACAAAAUGGUUUAAUUAAAAGUAUUGUAUGCUUAUAUUUUUGAUUGCGCUUUAUUAAAAUUGCAUAAUAUACUUUCCAUAAACCAUACAAUAAAAGAAAUAAGAAGUAGCGCGUUGUUGCGCGUGAUUUAUCUUACAUAGGGGGUGUAAGACUACACGUUCCCCGAUAACGUAGUGCACAAAACGUCUCCCCCACGUAUACGUUCCGGUACAAAAAGUUGUUUAUUUUUUAAAGGUUAUAACGUAUUGGAUACGAUAUAACAUUUAUAACCAUCAAAUACUAUUGUAUGAGAUAAAAUGAAAACAACAUUAAACAGUGAUGCCUA